UCACUGUCAUUAGAUUUGUUUAAUGGUUUCACACGACUUUUCUUUUGUGUGAGGUUAAUACAAAAUAUGCUCUAGUAGCAUCUCCAAGUAAUAUUUAUCUCUAGUUAUUGUAUCGGUCUGAUAUUUCUCACAUAAUGGCGUCAGUUUCUACCGCUCCAGCGCCGGGUAUGCACCAGAUCGACUUGUCGAAGUUAAAUCUUCACCAGUUGGCUCAGCUCAAGCAGCAACUAGACCAAGAGCUAAAUGUCUUCCAAGAUUCUCUUUCAACGUUAAAGAUGGCUCAAGGCAAAUUCGUUGAGUCUGGCGAGAGCGUGGACAAAAUUACACCUAGCAGCAAGGGCAAGAGUAUUCUGGUACCACUAACAGGCUCCAUGUAUGUGCCUGGUACCAUAGCAGAUACUGAACAUGUAGUAAUAGAUAUAGGCACAGGAUAUUAUGCACAAAAGGACAUAGAAGGUGCUAAAGAUUAUUUCAAAAGAAAAACCCAGUUUGUAACAGAACAAAUGGAGAAAAUCCAAGUCAUGGGCAUUGAGAAGUCAAAGGUGCGAGAAGCAAUCUGUAUGAUGAUGGAAAUGAAGCUGCAGGCUCAAGCGCAGGCGCAGAAACCUUCCACCUCAUAACAAUGGAACUGACCCACUCACUUGAUCACAUAUUCAAAUUUACGUUGUAUUAAUACUGGUAUUAAAAAACUUUAUGAUAAAAUGUCACAACAUGCUUAAUAAGGGUUUUCAGCAAUAAUAAUGAUAUAUGUAAUACAUAUUCUAUGCAGCAGUUGGGCAGUACUAGGCUACGAGCAACACUGGCUUCCAACGCGUUGAAAGCAAGGAGUCCAAGCAAUAUCUUACCCGAAUCAUUCCUUCUGCCAUUUUUUGCAGGGGAAAGGUGCCUACAGUCACACUUCUCACUCACUACAUACAAAAUCUAAUCUGUAAUGACAACACAAACACAAAUCUUGCACACCUCAAUCUCUGUUUGUGCAUGGACGAGACACAACACGCACCAUGCUAUGCCUAGUGGGGCAUGUGCUUUGGCAGAGGGGAAAUAGUGUGAAUGCUGAUUCCCUUCCAGUGUUGCUCAAAGCUACUAAGUCAGUAAUAUUUUCUAGUACCUAUAUAUUUCAGAAAUACUUAUGUGCUCAUUCUCUUUUGUUAUGAGAAUAUCCUAGAAACUUUUUAUGAAUACUUAUUCAUUUAAAUUAUUUAUUCAUUGUCAUGUGAAUUGCUUUGUUAAGAGUUGUUUGAAAAAAUGCUUUUAUAACUAAUGUGAAAAUGCUUGUAAGGUCUAUAAUUGGAAAAUUAGAACACACAUAUUUUGUGUAUUAUAUAAUACAAUCACACAAGAUUUUUUUAUUUUGUAGCUUUGGGCCUUACAAGAUAAUUGUGUUGAUCUUCUGAAGGAGACUAAUUGUGUCUCUUCAUUGCAUUAUGAAUUAAUAAACAAUGUAACUUUA